AUGUAUGAAUAUAAAAAAAAUAAUUGUAACAUUAAAAAUAAAAAAAUAAUACAAACUACCAAAAGUUGUACAAUUAAUUUGAAGGUUGAAGAACAGGGGCUCAACCCUAAAAAGAAAGUCAUCAGGAAAAUAAAAAAUGAUGAAGAAGGGAAGGUUAAAAAAGGAACUCUCAAUCGAAUAAAAAGUAAUGAUAAAAUUAUGGUAGUAGAGAAGGUGAGGAAGAAAAAAGAAGAAACAGAUAAAUAUAUGAAUAAAUAUAUGAAUAAAUAUAUGAAUAAAUAUAUGAAUAAAUAUAUGAAUAAAUAUGUAAAUAAAGGCAUUAAUAAAGAUAUAGAUAUAGAUAUAGAUAAAGAUAUAGAAAGGAAGAAAGAGGUAAAAAGUCUGAUCAAAUAUAAGACACCUCGUGCCCUUAACCUUAAACAUAGUAAGGUUAUCAAAUUGUUGAACUAUCGUAGUUGUAUGGAAGAAAAAAAUACCAUAAACAAGAAUAAUGUUGUGAAUAAUCCUAUUUAUGAUGAUGUUUAUAAGUAUCAUCCAUUAUGUCAUAACAUAAGGAGAGAUGCUUAUAAGAAACAUGCGUCUUGUAAGUUGGGAGAUAAAAACGAUAAAAUAGUUUCACACUUUUUUCUUUUAAAUAAUAAUAUUUCUAUAAAUAAAAAGAAAAUAGGUGGUAUGGAUAUAAAAAAAAAAAAAAUAAUAAAGAAACCAGAAGUUUGUAAUAAUGAAAUGGAUGUAAAUAUGAAUAAAUAUGAUAAUCAAAUGAAAGGUAAUAAUAAUAAUAAUAAUAAUAAUAAUAACAAUAGUAAUCAUAAUAGUAAUAGUAAUAGUAAGAAAGGUGUGCCUAUAUUAAGCAUAUCAAAUUGUAAGGGAAAAUAUACAAGUGGGAAUAAAUACUUGUGCGUACAGAAGAGUAAUAUUAGUUUUACUGAAUUAAACGAUGAAAAAAAGAAAAUAAAAAAUAUUAAGAAUAAUAUUGUGAAUAAUAAAGAUGAUCAAAAUAAUAUUAUAAAUGAUUAUAUAAAAAACGAAUCUCAUAAUAUAAAUAACAUCAAUUUAAAAAAAAAAAAAAAAUUAUUAUAUAAAAAAAAUGUAAUAAACAGAAAUAAAUCAAGUAAUUCAAAAUAUGUAACAGAAAAGAAAUUAAUAUACAAUCAGAAAAAAAAUAUGGAUCCUCACCGAACUAUAAAUAGGAAAUGUUCUUGUAUAAAUAUAAUAAAACAAAAUAUUAUGAAACAAAAAGAUAAGGACUGUGUUAAAAAGAUAAAAGACAGAUCUAUGCAACAUACACUAUCGAACAUAUGUGUACAUACAAAUGAAAAAUAUAAAAAUAGAAAGAAAAAUAAUUUAUUUAUGGACAACAUAAAGAAAAAGAAAUUAAAAAGCAAAAAUGAUGAUAUCAUAAAAUUGUGGAUAGCACAUAAAAGGAAUGAACUCAUAAUACCAUAUCAUGAAAAGUCUAUAACAAAUUGUUAUACCACUGAAAUAAUAAAAAAUAAAGAAAUUAAAAAUGAUGAACAUAUUGAUAGGAACAAUAUUUUUAAUAAUUAUUUAUUAACUAUAGAAGGAAGAAAGAGAGAAAUGAAAUAUAGAAAAAGUAGUAAAAUGAAGUAUAGAAAAAGUAGUAAAAUGAAGUAUAGAAAAAGUAGUAAAAUGAAAUAUAGAAAAAGUAGUAAAAUGAAGUAUAGAAAAAGUAGUAAAAUGAAAUAUAGAAAAAGUAGUAAAAUGAAGUAUAGAAAAAAGAGUAAGAUGAAGUAUAGAAAAAGGAGUAAGAUGAAGUAUAGAAAAAAGAGCGAAGUAAAAUAUAGAAGAAAAAACAACCAAGAUCAAAAUGUAAGUACUAACAAAAGUGUAAUUUCUUUGAUAGAAGAUGAACAAAACAUAUACCCCUUCAAUAAAUAUAAUAUAAAAAAAACAGAGAAAGAGUAUGAUACAUAUAUAUUAAAAAGGAAUGAACACAAAGAAGAGUUAGAAAAUGAUAAAAAUAAAAAUAAAAAUAAAAAUAUUUUUAAAGAGAAUAAUUCAUUCGGUAACAUAUCGUUUAUGAGUAAUGAUAAUCAUUAUUAUGAUGAUAAAGAAAAUUUUCAUAAUAAUAUAAAAAAUAAAAGAAGAUGUGUAAGUUUAAAUAAUAUAAAUGAACCAAAAAUAUAUAAUCCAUUAUUUAUUACCAAUGAUUUUAGAUUAAAAAUAUGUUACAGUAAUGAUUUUGUUGAUUAUACCAAAAUGUAUAAUAAUAAUAAUAAUAAUAAUAAUGAUGAUGAUGAUGAUAUUAUUAUAAAGAAGACUUGUGAAUUUCCUCAUGAUAAACAAAAAGAGAUUUCAUUAAUGGAUAAAGAAUUAUUUUUUAAUACUAGUGAUAAUUUAUUUUUAAUAUCUUUAGAUUCAGAAAUAAUAAAAUCCUCAUCUUUUUUUCAAGACGAUAAAAACAAAAAGUUAUACAAUAAUAACAAUACUUAUUUAAAUAUAGAUACUAAUAUUAUUAAAAGCAUACCAACAUAUGAAAUGAAUAAAGCUCAAGAGAAUUGUAAUAAUAUGUCUAUAUUAUAUAAUGAUGUUGUAGAAGGCAAUGAAAAUGAUCGUAAUGAAUUUUUAUUUCCUAAAGAUGAAAAGAAUAGAUAUUAUUCUUCUUGUAUGAAACAAACACAUGUACAUAACAAAUUGCAUGAUGAUAAUAACAAGUAUGUUCAUACUAUGCCUUUAUUAUAUCAUGAAGAAAAAUAUACAAUAAACGAUUUUAUGAAAAAAGAAAAAAAAAAGAGCAAUUGUAUUACUUACCAACAAGAAAACAAAGAAAAAAAGCAAAAGGAAAAAAUAAUAAAUUGUAAUAAUAUAAAAAUAUAUGAAAAUAUGAAAAAUGAUAGUAAAGAUAUAGAUAUGGAAGUAAAAUAUACUGAAGGGAAGAAUAAUCCUGAUCAUGGUGAAUAUAUAUAUUUGUGGGCAUCAGAAAUACACAAACCCCAACCCGCAACAAAAAAAAAAAAAAAAAAAAAAACUAACAAAAAAGAGAAAGAAAAGAAUAUUAUAACAAGAGUAAAUGAAGAAAAUAUCUUGUUUGCAGAAUAUUGUGAGAAAAAUGAAUAUAUUCUACCAUAUCAUGUUAAUAAAGAAAAAAAAAAAAAUAUAUAUACAAACAAAAUGGAAAAGGAUACAAAAAAUGGACAAAAGGAUACAAUAAAUGUAGAAAAGUAUACAAAAAAUGGACAAAAGGAUACAAUAAAUGUAGAAAAGUAUACAAACAAUGUGCAAAAGUAUACAAAGAAUGAAACAAAAAUGAUCCCAUUUAUAAAUAAAAUGGAAUAUAAUAAUUGUAAGAUAAAAAAAUAUAAUAAUAAAUAUCAUAUGAAUAAAAAAUUCUGUACAAGUCAGAAAAAUAAGUUAUCUUUUAAAGAAAAAAGAAAAUUUAAAUAUAUUAUAAAUAAAUUUUAUAUAUUAAAAUGUUUAAUACGAAAAGAAAAUAAAAAGAAUAUUUCAAAUAUUCAAAAAAGAAGAAAAAAAUAUAUUAAAAAUUUAAUUAAAAAUAAUAUGUUAUUUAAUGAAGUCCAAAAAAAAUGGAUUAGAAAAAAAAUUGUCAAUGAAAAUUAUAAAUUAUUUUAUUUAAAAAAAAAAAUGUGUAAACGUUAUAAAAGUUCAAUAAUUUUAUUAAAUACAGAAGAAAAAAAUAAAAAACAAAUAAAAGAUCAUCAUAUAAGAAAUAAUGAAAAAAAAUGUGGAAAUAUGAUAUAUCAUGAGAAUAUGAUCCAUAAUACUAUUCAUAAAGAUAGUAUUCAACUUUUGGAUAAUAAAAAAAAUGCUUUAAGACAAAAACAGAAUGAUUUUAAAAUUAUCAAAGGGAAAAAUAAUCAAAGGGAACAUUAUCAAUAUUGUAAUUUAUUAAAACAUUUAAAUAAUAAAAAAAAUGAACUACAAAAUAUUUAUAUUUUUAAGAUGAAGAAGAAGAAAAAAAAAAAAAAAGGUUAUAUAAAAGUUCAAAGGAAAACAAUAUACAAAAGAAAAAAAAGAAAAAAAAAUUUAUUCGCUUCUUUAAUAUUAUUAAUUAAAACAAAGAGAAGAUAUCAUAGGAAUUUUUUUGUAACGAAUAAAGAUAAUGGUAAUAUAAAAUAUUGUAAACAAGUAGAAAAAGAACACAAAAAAAAAAAUGGAAUAAAAAAUAUAAUUUUUUUUUUUAAAUGUUCGAAUGAUGAAGAGGGGCAAAAGAAUAUCAUCAUGAAAGACAAAAUGGACGAGAAAUAUAAAAUAGAAGAGAAAUAUAAAAUAGAAGAGAAAUAUAAAAUAGAAGAGAAAUAUAAUAUAGAAGAGAAAUAUAAUAUAGAAGAGAAAUAUAAUAUAGAAGAGAAAUAUAAUAUAGAAGAGAAAUAUAAUAUAGAAGAGAAAUAUAAUAUAGAAGAGAAAUAUAAAAUAGAAGAGAAAUAUAAUAUAGAAGAGAAAUAUAAAAUAGAAGAGAAAUAUAAUAUAGAAGAGAAAUAUAAUAUAGAAGAGAAAUAUAAUAUAGAAGAGAAAUAUAAUAUAGAAGAGAAAGACGAAAAACAAAAUAACAUUGAUUGUUACCAUGGUCAGCAUUAUUAUGAUGAAGAUAAUAUAAUAGAAGAUAUAUUAAUAGGUUCAAAAGAUGAUUGUGAUAUAAAUAUAGAGAUGAUGAAGGAAAAGAGGAAACAUACUUGUGAACUCGAAAAGAAUAUUUCUCAAAAAAAAAAAGAAUAUGAUUUUUCUUUAAAUUUAGAAAAGUAUGUAUUAAAACAUCGUAUAAACGAUAUAAGUUGGAAAAAAAAAUAUAUAUUACAGAAUAGUUUAAAAGAGAAGGUAGAUAUGAAAUAUGUUCCUCCCUAUCAAUGUAAAGAACAAAAUGAAGAAAAGGAAAUAAUAAAAGACAACAGUGUCCAUAAUAUAGAAUAUAAAAAUAAAAAAAAAGAAAUCAUUAAUCAUAAUAUUUUUGUGAAAACUAAUACAUAUAUAUUGAACACAAAUCAAAAAAAAAGUAAAGAUAAUUAUAAAGAACAUAUAAAAUAUAAUAAGAAUUUCUCCAUAAGUAAUAAUAUAAAUAAUAGUAUGCAUACAAAAAAUAACAUAGAAACAUUAUUUAUUAACAAAAAAUAUUGGAAUUACAAACAACCUCAUGAAAAAAAAAAUAGUUCUAAAAAAAAAAAAAACACAUUUCCAUUCAAAGAAAUGUUAUUAUCAACAAAAAUAGAAAAAAUAAAAAAUAAAAAGGAUUUUACUAGAUAUUUAUCUAUGCAGGAUAUUUAUACAAAUAUGUUUUUUUCAGGAAAUAAAAAAAAAAUAAUAAAUAAUAAUAAUAAUAAAAAUAAUAAUAAUAAUAAUAAUAAUAAUAACAAUAAUAAUAAUAAUAAUAAUAAUAAUAAUAAUAAUAAUAAUAAUAAUAACUAUACUUUUAAAAUGGAGAAAAAAUAUAAAAGUAAUAUGAAAGAUAAAGAAAACAUCCCACUGCAAGACGCUGUGAAAAAAAAAUGUAAUCAAAUAAUUAAAAGAACUUUAUCAUGUAUACCAUAUAUAUUAAAUAAUAAUAGAGGUGCAUUUUAUAAAAAACACACAAACAAUAUCAAUAAUAAUAAUAAUAAUAAUAAUGAUAAUAAUAAUAAUGAUAAUAAUAAGAAUAAUUAUGAUAUAUACUCUUCUAAUAACAUAUAUAAUAAAAAAAACAAAAACAAUAUCAUAUCACCACAUAAAAUAACCUUAAAAUAUAAAACCAUGCCCAUACCCUUUGAUCAUAAUAUCAAGGAACACAAUAUUCUACAACAAAAAUUAAACAACAGCAACAACAACAAUAAUAAUAAUAAUAAUAAGAAUAAUAUAUAUGUUAAAAGUUACCAUUGUGAUAAUGUGGAAAAAAAUAUAAAAAGAAAUAAAUCAGUUUGUUUUUUAAAGAGAAGAAAUACAUGCCCCUUUCUUGAUGAAAAGAAAUUUAUAAAAAAAGGUAAUAUAGAACAUAUAAAUUAUCAUGAUAAUAUGGAAAAUAUAAAAUACGAUUCGAAAGAAAAGCUUCAUAAUAUUAUACAAUAUAAUAAAUUCCCCUUGUUUAAAAGGACAAAAAGUUCUAUACUAUUUAAAAGAAAUAACAAUGAACAAGAAAAAAUUAAAAUAAAAAAAAACAUUUCCAUAAUAAAACAACAAAUAAUUCAUAAAAAAUAUAUAAAGAAUAAAAUAUGUAUAUCCCAAAAUGAAGAUUUUCUUAAAAAUAAACAAAAAGGACAUCACCAUGUUUUUAUAUCAAAAGCGGGCUUGUCAUUAGAAAGUAAAUUAAAGUGUGAUAAUAAGUAA